ACUUCUAUCUGAGUACUAUCUCUCUCUAUUUUCUAUACAUUUCGUGCCUUUCUUCAAUCAACGGUUUGGACAUGGAGUGUUCUUGGAAGUUUCUCAGAAGUGUUUGCAUACUUUUAUUUCUCCUUGGCUCUUGUUCUGUCUACCAAAGCCUUUGUGUUGUUGAUUCUCGAGAAUAUGCCACAAAACCGAAUGUGACACUGCAAGUAGAUGCUUCUAAUGCCACAGGACGACCCAUUCCUGAAACCUUUUUCGGGAUUUUCUUCGAGGAAAUCAAUCAUGCUGGAGCAGGUGGACUGUGGGCUGAACUUGUUAGCAACAGAGGUUUUGAAGCUGGUGGACAAAACAUUCCUUCCAAUAUCUGGCCUUGGUCCAUUAUUGGAGAUGAAUCAUCCAUUUCUGUAGUUACAGACCGUUCUUCAUGUUUUGAGCGCAACAAAAUUGCACUUAGAAUGGAUGUGUUUUGUGGCAGCAAUGCUAGUAGCAAUGGUUGUCUAUCAGAAGGAGUCGGGGUUUAUAACCCUGGUUACUGGGGCAUGAACAUUGAAGAAGGGAAGAAAUACAAAGUGGUGCUUUAUCUGCGUUCGACAGGGGACAUUGAUCUGUCUGUGUCAUUGACAAGCUCGAAUGGAUUAGUGACUCUUGCUUCAGAAAAGAUCAUAGCUAUGGCUUCUGAUGUUUCAAACUGGACUAGAAAGGAAAUGCUUUUGGAGGCAAAUGGAACAGAUAAUGGUGCAAGACUUCAGUUGACAACUACCAAAAAGGGUUCAGUUUGGUUUGAUCAAGUCUCAGCCAUGCCUGUGGAUACUUACAAGGGACAUGGUUUCAGAAAUGAUCUUUUGCAAAUGAUGGUUGAUCUAAAACCCCGAUUCAUCCGUUUCCCGGGUGGUUGCUUUGUUGAGGGUGAUUGGUUAGGCAACGCCUUCCGCUGGAAAGAAACCGUAGGACCUUGGGAAGAGAGACCUGGCCAUUUUGGUGACGUUUGGAAGUACUGGACUGAUGAUGCCCUUGGCCACUUUGAGUUCUUUCAAUUGGCUGAAGAUAUCGGUGCUGCCCCAAUAUGGGUGGUUAAUAAUGGAAUCAGUCACAUUGACCAAGUUGAAACAGAAAGUGUCAUGCCCUUUGUUCAAGAAGCGCUGGAUGGUAUUGAGUUUGCUCGUGGUGAUUCUAAUUCAACAUGGGGAUCGGUUCGAGCUGCAAUGGGACAUGCAGAGCCUUUUGAGCUGAAAUAUGUUGCUAUUGGGAAUGAGGAUUGUGGAAAGACUUACUACAGAGGAAACUACCUUGAGUUCUAUAAGGCUAUCAAAAAUUCCUAUCCAGACAUCAAAAUCAUCUCCAACUGCGAUGGAUCUUCUCAACCGCUAGAUCACCCUGCUGAUUACUAUGAGUAUCACAUUUACCCUCUUGCCAUGGAGUUGUUUUCCAUGUCCCAUAAAUUUGACAGUGCAUCUCGCAAUGGUCCAAAGGCUUUUGUUAGUGAAUAUGCUGUAAACAAAACAGAUGCUAAUAAUGGAAACCUUCUAGCCGCUCUUGGGGAAGCAGGCUUUCUCCUUGGUUUGGAAAAGAACAGUGACGUUGUAGGAAUGGCUAGUUAUGCACCUCUCUUCGUCAACACAAACGACAGAAGGUGGAUUCCAGAUGCAAUAGUAUUCAAUUCCUCUCAUUUGUAUGGAACUCCUAGCUAUUGGGUCCAACAGUUCUUCAAAGAGUCAAGUGGAGCAACACUUCUCAACUCAACACUCAUCGGAAAUUCUUCUUACGUCCAAGCAUCUGCCAUAUCCUUCCAAACCAAUGGCUUAGAUUACAUACAGAUUAAGGCUGUAAACAUUGGAAAGAAAUCAGUGAAUCUCAAGGUAUCGGUGACCGGAUUGGACUCGAGCAUCACAAAACUUUAUGGAUCCAAGAAGAAAGUACUUACAUCUGCCAAUGUGAUGGAUGAGAAUUCCUUCUCGAACCCUAAGAUGAUUGUGCCGCAAGAAAGCUGGCUGGAGAUGCCUGAGGAGGAGGACCUGAUGGUUGUUCUCCCGCCGAACUCAUUCUCAUCCUUUGAUUUGUUGAAAGAAUCUGCAAAUAUCAAGAUGCCACUAUCUGAUUCCUACCAGAAAAUUUCAACUAUAUGAAGAGAUAUAUAGCAUGUAGCUGACUUUAUGUCUUACGUCGU